AUACUCCAGUAAAUCACUAUCAUUCCCCUUGAGACAAACCUAGAAGAUCCUUCCACUGAAACCAUGGUCAACUCCUGUUGUGGCUCCAUCUGCUCUAACCUCAGCUGUGGCCAAGACCUCUGUCAGGAGACCUGUUGUGCUCCCAGCUGUUGCAGACCAAGCUGUUGCCAGUCUGUGUGCUGCCAACCAAGCUGCUGCCAAACUACUUGUUGUCGCCCAACUUGCUGUGUGUCCAGCUGCUGCCAACCCUGCUGCCGCCCCACUUGUUGUCGGCCAGCCUGUUGCCAGACCACUUGCUGCAGAACUACCUGCUGCCGCCCCAGCUGCUGUGUGUCUAGCUGCUGCAGACCAAGGUGCUGCCAGUCUGUUUGCUGCCAGUCUAGUUGCUGCCGCCCUUCCUGCUGCCAGUCUAGUUGCUGCCGCCCUUCCUGCUGCCAGUCUAGUUGUUGCCGCCCUUCCUGCUGCCAGUCUAGUUGUUGCCACACAACUUGCUGUCGCCCCAGCUGCUGUGUGUCCAGCUGCUGCCGCCCUUGCUGCCGCCCCAGCUGCUGUGUGUCCAGCUGCUGCCAGCCCUGCUGCAGACCUACUUGCUGCCAGACCACCUGCUGCAGAACCACCUGUUGCCGCCCAGCCUGCUGUGGCUCCUCCUGUUGCUGAAUCCCCAGCCCUCUAGCCAUCUUGCCAUCAGUUGUGGCUUUUAUAAGAAACACACAGAUUGAUUUCUAUCCAUCUCUGAGAUCUACACAGGAAGAACAUGUUGACACGGAUCUACUAUGAGACAACUAUGAAAAAUUAGGUCCAUUGUCUGCAUAAGUUUGAUCUGCUUUUGUUACCUUUUUUCCCUCUCUUCAGAGUAUGGAUUAGCUAUCAGUCUUGAAUAAGAUGAUUAAAAAGAUACAUUAUUCUGCCGACUCUGAGACCUUUCAUUCAAACAAUAUAGCAAAGUGCUGUCAUAGGAAAUGAGAAUAAGAAUGUUUCUUCCUAGCAUUUAUUAAGUCAAACACCAGUGCAAAAAGGUCUAUGAAGGAGAAAUUAUUGAAUCCAGACUCAUCCAAAUCAUAAUUUUGUCACAUACUAUUGCUUGAAAUUUUUGUAAUAAAAAUAUA